AUGCACAACGCAGCCAUUGUCGGCAGGGAGUCGGUAUCGUUGAGCCGUCGUGGCCUCAUCUCACGUGCCGGCCACAGGGCUCAAGAGCAGGGGCAGCACCUCCUCUGGCUCCCUCUCUUGUUGAGGAAGAGGCUGAAGAGGAGCAAAACCGCAUCCAUCCUCCAGCUGCUGUCCCUCCACGGCCUGAACGUGCAGAGCCACAGCCCAGCCCAGCAGCCCGAGAUGAGAGAGGAGGCGAGCCGGAAGAGGCUGAGGAGCCUUGUGAGUCUGGGCGAGCCGAUGAGCAAAUACACGCUGCUCGAAGAACUUGGACGAGGGGGGUUUGGAGCUGUCUAUAGAGCCCUCGACGCCAGCACAGGACAAGAGGUGGCCAUCAAGAAAAUGGCGCUUCGAGAGGAGAUGUCCGAGGAGCUGGCUGCCAAUGAAAUCCUGGUCAUGAGGGACAACAGGAAUCCCAAUAUCGUUACCUACCUAGACAGCUACCUGGUCAAUGAGGAAGUCUGGCUGGCGAUGGAGUUCAUGGACGGUGGCACGUUGUCUGAUGUACUCAGGGCAGUGUACCUGGAGGAAGGACAGAUAGGCGCCGUCUGUCGCGAGUGCCUGCAAGGACUGCGUUUCCUUCAUUCCCGCCAAGUCAUCCACAGAGACGUCAAAAGCGCCAACGUUCUCGUGGGCAUGGACGGAUCUGUCAAAUUGGCUGACUUUGGCCUCUGUGCUCAGCUCAGCCCCGAGCGCAGCAAGCGCAGCUCCAGCGUGGGCACUCCCAGCUGGAUGGCACCGGAAGUCGUGAGAGGAGAAGCCUACGGCCCCAAAGUGGACAUCUGGUCCCUGGGCAUCAUGGGGCUGGAAAUGGUGGAAGGGGAAGCUCCUUACCAGAGGGAACCCCGUCUCAGGGUCUUUGAACUGAUAGAAAGGAACGGGCCCCCCAGACUGCAAAGCCCCAGGCACCACUCGGCUCUCCUGCGCGACUUUCUCCGCUGCUGCCUGCAGGCAGACGAGGACAGGCGCUGGUCUGCCCGGGAACUCCUGCAGCAUCCAUUUGUGACCUCAGGCGAGCCUGCCUCCAGCCUGGCUGCUCUGAUCAUCUCGGCCAAGCGGGUGCAGGAGGACUGGAGACGAGAGGCUUGCGCCUGAGCGAGACUUUGUGCCCCACCAGCUCGG